CCUCCCUUUCCACGUUUCCCAUUUACUUUUCCAAUUACUUUAAAUCCCUAAAAAUCAUGAUUUAACGCAGCAAAAAGGCCAGGAAAAUAUAGUCAUGUAUUUUUAGGUUUCUGCUUUUUUAGUGCUCCAUUUGUUUAUUUUUUUGUCUGUGCUCUCAUUUUUUAUGUUUUUUUUAUUUUAUUUUUUUCUACCUGUUUUCUACCUAUUUGUCAUCUCAUAUGUUUGUAAAAUGUAAAAAUAUGUUACUAAAGAAAAACAUUUUUUCACAGCUUCCUGUUGUGCGUUAAUGCUUCCGGUUUGCGUUACGUAGGUAAUGCAUUUCUAUUAAAAGUCUCAAAAACAAAACGCAAAACGACCUGAGGAGUAGUUCACUAUUGGGAUUCAGUGGGUUUUCUGUAAUUGAUGUCUAGCAUGGAUCUCCCGAACCCUCCUGAAGAUCAAGAGCUAAGGAAUGUGAUUGACAAGUUGGCCCAGUUUGUUGCUCGGAACGGGCCAGAGUUCGAAAAGAUGACCAUGGAGAAACAGAAGGACAACCCUAAGUUCUCAUUCCUUUUUGGUGGAGAAUACUUCAACUACUACAAGUGCAAACUUGCUAUGGAGCAACAGCAACAUCCCUCUACCCACGAAGGAGAGGAGUAUAAAUCUGAAGAUUUGUACAACCCAGGUGCCAGUGAUGUGGUUGAUAUCCCCCCUCCUCCAAUUACUAUGAUCGCUCCACCAGUCAUUCCUGCACAUUCUGCACCCUCUAUAGAUGAGGUGAUUCAACAGAGCCAGUGGAAUCUGCAGCAGCAGGAACAGCAUCUGCACACCCUAAGACAGGAACAAGUGAGUGCAGCCAUAGCUCUAGCGAUGGAACAGCAGACCCAGAAACUGCUUCUGGAAACUCAGUUGGACAUUACUGAGUUUGACAACCUGCUGCAGCCCAUCAUAGACACCUGCACCAAAGAUGCUAUCUCUGCUGGGAAAAACUGGAUGUUCAAUAAUGCAAAGACUCAGCAGCACUGUGACCUGAUGACAUCACAUCUUCGCAACCGCAUAACUGCUGAGGGAGCACAUUUUGAGCUCCGUCUGCAUCUCAUCUAUUUAACCAAUGAUGUUCUCCAUCACUGCCAACGGAAACAGCAGAAGGAUUUGUUAGCAGCACUGCAGAAGGUUGUGGUUCCUAUUUACGCCACUAGCUUCCUGGCUGUAGAAGAAGAGAAGCAGCAGAAGAUAACAAGGUUGCUGCAGCUUUGGGAGAAGAACGGUUACUUUGAUGAGGAGACAAUUCAGCAACUCCAGAAUCCAGCGCUGGGCCUUGGCCAGUACCAGGCAUCACUGAUAACGGAGUAUGCUGCUGUAGUGCAGCCAAUACAACUGGCCUUCCAGCAGCAGAUCCAAGGCUUGAAGACGCAGCAUGAAGAGUUUGUUGCCAGCCUGAAGCAGCAGCAGCAGCAGCAACCCUCAUCUGCAGCCGUGCCUCAGCUAACUGCCCACACCGAGCAGGAGAAGACCCCAUCGCUGAGCACACAAGCUGGCGAUGUCAAAACACCCAUGUCGGCUCCUCCACCUGGAGAAUUUGAGGGAGCAUCUUCCAGACCACAGGACCCCAGCAACCCCAGCGGACCCUCAGAUAUUUCCUCUAACAAGCCUGCCUGGUAUGACCCCCAGCACAUGGGUCCCUGGAACCCUAACCAGCCGGUAAAUAUCUGUCCUCCCUUUGACCCAAAUCACCCCCCACCUCCGUGCCCUCCCUGGAACAGCCAUGAAGGAAUCUGGAAUGACCAGAGGGAUCCAGGGAACUGGAGUGCAGGUCCACCCAGAGAAGGAGGACCCUGGACCGGGCCAGGUGGUUCUGACCCAGGCCCUUCUUCUUGGAACUCCUAUGACCAGCAACCACCAUGGGGAAACCAGCCUGAACAGCCACCCUGGGGCCAGAGAGACCCUCCAUUUCCUCCUCGAAUGCAGAGACCCCCACAUUUCAGAGGGCCUUUUCCUCCCCACCAGCAACCACCUCCUUUCAACCAGCCACCUCCGCCACCACAUGGCUUUGGACGAUUCCCACCACGCUUCAUGCAGGAUGAAUUUCCUCCCAGGCCCCACUAUGACAGGCCAUCGUACACCCCACACAGCUUUGAUUAUGCUCAAGGAGAAUAUCCUGGAGAUAUGCCAGGUCCCCCUCCUCCCCACCACCACCCGAGUCAGAGGCUCCCUCCUCCAGGCUUGGGGGCAGAUCAUCCUCCCUGGGGUGGAAGCCAGCAUCCAGAUUUUGGCCCACCACCACAUGGCUUCAAUGGCCAUUCGCCCCAUAUGCGUCAUCGUCAGCAUCCAGUCCAGGAUGAUCCCAGUCUGGUCCCCAAUGUCCCCUAUUUUGACCUGCCAGCUGGUUUAAUGGCUCCUCUGGUCAAACUGGAGGACUGUGAUUACAAACCUCUGGACCCUAAAGACAUCCGACUGCCGCCUCCCAUGCCACCUAGCGAUCGGUUGUUAGCUGCCGUGGAAGCUUUCUACAGUCCCCCAUCCCACGAUCGGCCCAGAAACAGUGAAGGCUGGGAACAGAAUGGUCUGUAUGAGUUCUUCAGAGCCAAGAUGAGAGCCAGGAGGAAAAAGGGCCAGGAGAAACGCAACAGUGCUCGUGGUGGCAGCCGCUCCAGAAGCCGCUCUCGCAGCAGGGGCAGGUCCUCGUCUCGCUCUAGUUCCCACUCUUCAAAGUCUUCCAGGUCUAGGUCCCGCUCAUCUCGUUCCGGCUCACGGAGCCGCUCCCGCUCCUACUCACGGUCCAGGUCCAGAAGCAGAUCAAGGUCAUCUGGGAGCGGCUCUCGCUCUAGAUCCAGAUCGCGUUCACGGUCUCCUGCUAAGAGACGGCGUGAUCACAAAUCAAGGAGCGUGUCUCCUCCCUCCACAACAGGGAUGGGGGUUCCUCCAUCCAAACUGUCUGGAGACAUGAGGCUAGGGGAGGAGAAUAAGGGCCACCAGCUGCUCAUGAAAAUGGGCUGGAGUGGCUUAGGUGGUUUGGGGGCAAAGGAGCAGGGCAUCCAGGACCCCAUCAAAGGAGGAGAUGUCCGGGAUAAGUGGGACCAGUACAAAGGUGUGGGGGUGUCUCUGGAUGACCCCUAUGAGAAUUAUCGCAGGAACAAGAGCUACAACUUUGUUGCUCGCAUGAAGGCACGAGAGGAAGUCAAUCGGGAACCACAGGAGGCCCCUUCAACUGAGUGAUGUCUUCAGAUGGAGACAGCCUACCUCCUCAUCGUCCAUUUGCAUUUACAACAAGGAUCUGAAUUCCUCUGCCUUUACAUGCACAAAGUACCAAUCCAUGUAUGAUAUGUGAAGAAGCAUUUUUACUCUGUUUCAAGUUGUUAGAUGUGCAUAUGUAUGAGUGAGCCUCAAAUAGGAUUUUACAUUGAGCUUGUUUUACAAGGAUAAUGCACCUAAAGUGCAGUAAAGUCUAAACAUAUGGUCAGUAGUAGGUGAGUGGGAGCCUCGUACAUGAAUUACUUUAAAUUGGCUGUUUUACGUUCUCAAAUUUAUUACAGAAUACGUUGAUUCAAACCAGAAAACUCAGUGCUAUGACAUUUAUUGGCAGAGGAUAGUGAAAAUAAUUUAGGCUUCAAAAAGGAUCUACUGAGAAAUAAACAAUAAAUACUCCUCCUCA